UAGGAGAGAGUAUUGCUCGCACUUGCCCAAUGAGGACUAGGAAUGUUGAAAGGCUGUUUUAUCACUCAUGACCGAAGCAAUAUUGAUGCUUUGAAUGAGAAAUAUUUCUGGAGGAGAUGUUCCGUGGUGUGCUGGGGAAGACCCUGGGCCUGGUGGGCCUGACGGUUCAGUACGGCUGCAUCGCCCACUGUGCCUUCGAGUACAUCGGCGAGCUCGUGGUGUGCUCCGGUCCGUCCAUGGAGCCCACUAUCGUAGGCAAAGAUGUCGUGUUUUCAGAGCACGUGAGCCGCCAUCUUUUUAAAAUUGAGAAGGGCGAUAUAGUCAUUGCCAAGUGUGCGUCUGACCCUCACAUGAACAUCUGCAAGCGGGUCAUCGGCCUGGAGGGGGACAAGGUGUGCACCAGCAGCCCCUCGGACAUAUUCAAGACCCACACGUUUGUGAGUAUUUCUUCCCUCAAGACUAGACCCACGUCAGCGCCUCCCCAUGGCUUCAUCUACAUGUCGUGUACCACUAAGCAUGGUAAUCCACACUGUUCAUGCCUCAACAUCCCAACCUUUAACAACCAUUUUCCUUUGAACGGGAAAAAAGUAUGAGUGAGGUUUAGCAGU